AUGUCUACCAACUAUGCAGCUUUCCUUGCUGGACACAAGAAGAAGCCCCUUUCUGUGCGUGAAGCCGAGGAUAGGUAUGCGGACGAAAAUGAGAUCGUGAUCAAGAAUGCCGCAGUUGCCAUGAACCAGCUCGACUGGAAAAUGCAGGACACUCCAUGGGCUAUGUUCAAGUACCCAUUGAUUCUGGGUGUGGAUGUCGCCGGGGAAGUAGUCGAAGUGGGUAGCGAUGUCACUCGAUUCAGCAUUGGCGAUCGCGUCCUCGGUCACGCCCUGAGCUUUAUAACGGAGGACGAAAGGCACGGGGGAUUCCAAAAUUAUACCGUUCUCUUUUCGAACAUGGCAUCGCCUAUUCCGCCAUCCCUACCAUUUGAAAGUGCAGCUGUGCUUCCUUUAGGAGUGUCGACUGCAUCGGCCGCAUUAUUUCACGAGGACGGCUUAGCCCUCCCCAAGCCCAGUUUGAAUCCGACAAAGACGUCUACAACCGUUCUAAUUUGGGGUGGAACGAGUAGUGUCGGCAGCAACGCUAUCCAGCUAGCAGUCGCUGCUGGGUGCGAUGUCAUUGUGACGGCAUCGCCCAGAAACUUCGCUGCCGCGAAACGACUGGGUGCAGAUCAUGUAGUAGACUAUAAUGACGCAUCCGUGAUCGACAAGUUAAAGGAGGCGUUUCGAGGCAAGAAACUUGCUGGUGCCUUGGAUGCGAUUGGAACAGAAAAGACGUUCAAGCAGACUUCAGAGGCAGUCUCUCAGGUUGAUGGGGUUAAAACCGUCACCUCGACGAUCGAUGAUCUCGAAGAUGCGUGGGUGCCUCCAGGUGUGACAGGAAAGGCCAUCCUAGCAGUAAGCAUCCGGGGGCUAGAGGGUGAGGAUAUGGACAAGAAUGUAGGAAAGAUGGUAUAUGAAGAUUUCUUGCCGGAUGCCCUUAAGGCGGGGAGGUACAGCAUAGCACCAGAUCCACUAGUCGCCGGAAAAGGGCUUGGAGCUAUUCAGGACGCCCUCGAAACCUCAAAGCGUACACUGGGGAAGAAGGUGGUUGUAAGCAUUUAG